AUGGGCUACCGCGACGCCGAUAUGUACAAUGAAGUGGCCGACGUGCUGGGGGUGCUGCACGACACGGUAGACAUGUACAUAUCCUCCAUGCAGGACAACGAGGACAGCGAGCAUGAAGGCAACGGGGCGUUGGCAUCCGCGUCCCCUACUCCCACUGCUGCCGCCGCGAUGGAGGUCGCCAUCACUCGGCAGCACAUUCUGGCAAACGUGCCUCAUUUGCUGUACCUCUGCUUGUCUGUGCGGCGCAUGUUGCGCAGGGCCGCUCUGCUGACCCGUCAGCCCUCGCGAGGGAACCGCAGCAAGUCCUUGAGCGCGUCUGACAGCAUGGGCAGACCCACCGGGACGGCAGCGCGCAAUGAAGCCGCCCGGGACCUUGUACUGCGAAAGCUCAGCGAUGUCAUGGAGAAUGCUCACAUGAUACGUGGACUCGUGAAGCUGCAGCACCAACAGCAGCACCAGCAGCCGUCAAACUCGUCUUACGCAACGUCGCUGGACGACACUGAUGGACCACUUCGCAUGAAACAACUCAUCCGUGUGACGCUGUACAAUCUUGAAGAUACGGAGCGACUUCUGCGCGCUGCCUACCUGGACGAGCCACCCACAGGCAGUGUAGCCGGGGACGGAGACGACGACGACGCUGAUGGUCCUCCGCUCUUUCCGCAGUCGUCACCUACGCGCCGCACGCUGGCACGCCCGUACGGACAGCGUCUCAGCUAUAACGGUGGCGGCGCCGAUCACGAAGGCAGUCGCGACAGUAUAAGUGGUGAUGGUGGUGGAAUGAACUCGUCACUGCCGACGCCACGCAGCUCGACCCACACCGCGCCUUACAUGCGCCACAGCUCCUCUCUCGAGCCAACCAACCUUCUUGGCGGCUUAUGGACGACACCCAAUCAAGACGAACAUGACAGUGACAACGAGGCCGCACCAACAGUACACCUUCCCGGCACAGCCCCCGCACUGUCCACUGGCGCGCACUCAACAUCGAUUGUGGCGCGGUCGCCGCAGGCAGAGCCGUUUUCUGCGCCGACGCCUUUCGUCACUUCGGCACCGAAGUUGUCCUCCUCGUGUGUCCACUUCGCUAUCGCCAAUCCCCCCGACUCCGACGAUCAAAACCCCUCUCGUUGCCACAGUGGUUUGCUGUCGAACCCGGUGGUGCGACGCGGCAGCACCGAUAGCGAUGGCAAUGGCCGCUGUACCAACGACAACUCGCGUCACACCGUCCUCUCCUCAGAGCUUUCCUUUAGCGGCGACGGUGGCGGCAUUCUGCAGUCCACAUCGUUUGAGCAUCCGCGUCCGUCGCUGACGAGCGUACAGCACUCCUCAACCUUUUCAGCAGCAACGACAUUGACAACGGUGACUGAGACCGAGGGAACAGACACGACCUCCACCACGCCCGCGAUUGCCGAGGCGCUGCAGCGAAGGGUAUCGUUCUCUGACAGAUGCAGCGACCCAGUGCUCGCCAGCUCCGUCACUCCCUCAACACCCAGCAUGGUCACUACCGAUGGCACACUCAACCUUCAGGUCUUGCGGCUUGGCGACGGCGCGCCACCCCGAUCUGACAAUGGAAACAGCAACGUCAGCAGCCGGGGCGCUAUAGACUGCGCGCUGUCGCCGCUUGUCGGUCUGCCUCCCCGGUCUCCGCGGUGGCAGAACCUGCAGCAACUCCCUAUUAGUAGCGCCCCCUUGUCCGGCGAGGUGCGUCUACCGCAUGCGCCAAGCCCCGCUUUCGUGGGCCCCGACACGCGUGUGACGACGUGCCACAUGCAACGUCUUCCAGGCGAACUCUGGAAUGUUAUUAUGGCGGACCGUCGAGCUGAAAUGGAGGAUGUCUUGCGUGCGGAUGUGAUGGACUUGUUCAACUACGGUGAAGCGGCGCCGACGAUGCGCGGUGAGGAUGUGCGCGAGGUGCACUUUACCGUGGUAGGCACCCACCUGUAUAUCCGCAUCGAGCUGGAGCACCUGCGCUCGCUGGAAGAGUCGGAGAUCAACAUGCGACUCAACCUCUGCUCGUACCCGCUCAUGACAGGGCUGUAUGAAGAAUUCCUCAGGGAGCAUCAGGCCAGGGAGCUCGACCCCGUCGAAGACACCAUGGCGACGCUGAGCAGCAGUGACGGCGGCGCAAGAGGUGGAGGAAACGAGAAGGAAAAGGGCGAUACUCACGGUAGUGUUGAACAGUGCACGAAGUCGAUGGUGGGCAACUCGGUAGCCACGUCCUACGCCUUGAGCAUGCCGAACCUGAGAGUCGCCGUUGGAAAAAGCGAUGGAAGCGUAGGCAGGACAGGGGCUGAAGCGUCCACCGCCGUCGCGUCGUCUGACUCUGUGGACGUCGAGAGCAGCACUCUUUUCCGAGAAGGAGCCACAGCGGUUUCGGCAUCACGCCAUCCGCAUACAGUGCGCAUUCCUGGGGUUCAUUGGGCACAUCUGCUGGCCUUGCCUGGGUUGGAAAAGAGCGACCUAAAGUCCGCCUUCGUGCAAGACACGGGUGUGGCUCUUGGCGUGCUGCCGUCCGAGGCCCGCGCGGCGUGCCAGGUGGUGUGCCUCUCGCCUGGCAGCCUUGUCGUGAACUUUGUAUGGGACAAUGCGGAGCUGUACCCUGGCGCGGUGCCGCUCUCGGUGUCAGAUAUCAAUGCAGCGCUACAGAGCUGUCCGUACCCCUCAGUGCGUGCCUUCUACGCCAACGCAUGUGCCAAGCUUCACCUGGACGAUGACCUUGCUGUGGUACCUGCGGCGAAGCACACCAGCAGCUCCGACGGUGGUGGCACUGCUGAGUGUGUCAUCGCUCAGCUCGUCCUGCCGAAUAAAUCAGAGCUGGACUUCUCGUCAAGCACGGACGACGAUGGAGAGGGAGAAGAGGCGGUAUCAGCGCCCAAGUCGAGUAGCGAAGGCGGCCUGUCAACUGUAAUCGCACCUAUGGCACGAGCGUUGGAGCAGGCCGCGAGAGCAUCGUCAACAGCUCUGUCGACGGUGAAAAAGGUGCUCUAUGCAGCAGACAAAGCGCCGGCUGCGUCCGCGAGGGUGGAUUCUUUACAGAAGCAACGAGGUGCCCCAGUACCUUCGUUCAGCCGGAUGGACAGCACCAUGUCAAGCGAGUCAGCCGAGGAAGUACCCCGCGUUGCUGUUCCCCAGCCAACUGUCGGCUCCCCUAUCCACUCCCAAAAAGGUCGGCACCAGCAGCGGCGACGGGUGCACUCUUCAGCUGGCACAUCUUGCGUCGGCGCCCCCGCAACAGCUACCGCCACCGUCGCCGACUCUUCAUCCUCGAAGGCGACUGCGCGUCGCGCCACACUAGAGAGCUCUCGAGAGUCAGCAACAUUGAACCAAUUCGCCCUUAUCCAUGGGGUGUCAGUCAGCGUGCUACGCCAGUGGAAUCCAGCUCUGGCGGAGCUGGACGCCGACGCCGUCAUUCCUGCCACUGCCACUCUAUACGUGCCUCGCCUCUUGCCCUCCUCUGCUCGCAAACGUUGGCAAGCGGAGCCAAGUUUGGCUUCCGAAGCUGGGCAUCACAGCGACCCAACAGAUGACGUCCUUGCAGCUGUGACAAGCACUACUCCUCACCUCGGCACGGCAUGUCUCCCGGCAUCCGCUGCGCAUCCAAGCGCCAAAACAACCGCACCUCCUGCGGCAUCACACGCGAUAUUGACGACUGUUUCCUCAUCUCCCGUGCUCUCUGCCCCAAAGCCGCUGGUGCCACAGCAUCAACCGCAAGGCCCACCGCUGCCGCAGACGCCGGCACAGGCAGGCAGUCUAGAAAAGGCGAAGAACACCACCACCACUAUCCCCAUCCAGAACAACAACACCCCCGUUGCCACGCCGCUUCAGCCACCAUCGCUCUCCGUGAAGGACGUCGAGAGGCGCCGCGCCUUCCUCACUUCAGCUACGGUGCAGAGUGCGAAGGUUUCCGCUUCGCCGUCAGCUGUAGCAGUGGCUCCGUCUGCCUCCAUCUUCCCCAUAGAGAUGUCUCGCUCCACCUCUCCAAGCCUGGAGACACAGGCAGCUGGGGGUGCCAAGAUGCCUCCUGGUGCCAUCAAAGUGGCCAAGGUGCCCGCUCAGCUCGGCACCACCUCCACUGAGCAGACGGCGCCAUUAUCGGCUGCCGUACCGACUCUGGCCCUUAGGAGCACACGCGAGGUGUUGCCGCUGGCUCCACAGCCUGUCUCGAGCAUGACGACGGCGAAGACGGUGGAGACCAAAGCUCCACCGGCGUACAUCGUGUAUCAACUGCCCAAACCGCAGAUCGAUCGAGCUGCCGAGCCGAGAGGAAUCGAAGCCAUUUUGGCAGCUCAUAGAGUCCCUCGCCUGCGUUUGGACAGAGUGGAGAAAAGGUCAGCGGCAGCUGUCGACGAUGAUGCUCGUGCCCGCGCUAUUGACGAGGAACACGUCGACUACGAGAACCGCAACAAAGCUGUCGACAGAUCGACGAUGUUGUGGGAGCGGGAGCUGGGCCUGCGCCUGGACAGUCUCACGGUGGUACAAGUGCGGCGCGGCUCUGUGGCUGCGCGAGCCAACGUGCAGCCCGGCGACACGUUGCGCGAGGUGGAUGGACAGGUGCUUCUCUCUCAGAAUGAUUUUCAGCGCACCAUGGCGCAUCUACAGCAGCAGCACAGGAAGAGAAGUGAGGGGCGCACAGUGUUCGUGGCGGCGAUGACCAGCCGUGGCACCCCUGUAACGUAUCAUCUUCGUCUCCCGCCUCUUCACCGUGACGGCACGGCGGCGCGGCCAGAUCUCCCAGCUGAAGCGAGCACUCAACCGGCGCUGCUACCACACCCUGACUUGCGUCUUCCUUUGCCACUGGCAGCGCAGCAGCAGACACCCCCACCACUAUCACGGGCCCUACCCCUCUCCGCACGGUUGCCAAGCACACCCAGAGGUCCCCAGCAGCACCGGGGGCUGCAGUGCUCUACGCAAGGCUUCGUGAGAGCGCCAGCCAAAAGGGCAGUUCCGGUGUCUGCCCGCACACCUGUGAGCACUCUCGAUGCUGCUGCGCACGACACCACCCGUGGACAUCCGGGUCACGCAAGCCCGGUGCUGCUGCGUCAUGCGAAGGCACCGGCCAGUGUCCGCUUGUCGUCAAUCGGCGUAGGCGGUGCUGAGUUGGGACCCGGGUUGGCGCGGGGGAUAGGCCGCGAUGACGGCGCGUUAACCCGCACGCGAAAGUACGCCGCGUAG